UAUUGGUACAUGUGCGGCGGUUAUUUUAUUGACUUAUUUUCCAAUCUUUCUCAAAUUGCAAAAUGACUCCAAAAUGUACAACCAAUUAAAGCGCAUACAGAAAUUGACCAAUUAGGAGAGACCUUGUUGUAUAUAAGAAAGUGAGACAUUAGCUCUGAUAAUAAGAGUUUUGAUACUCGACCAAUAAACAUGACUAGCUUCAGAUGCAAGUUCAGUAUCGGUAAUCAGAGAUAUGUUCAAGUUAAUGAAUGGAAAGGCGAGCUUAGAGUCGAUAUUAGAGAAUGGCGGGAUGACAAACCCACGAAAAAGGGCAUUAGCUUAACAUUAAUGCGAUGGAAAAACUUGGUAGAUCAGUUACAAUAUGCGGACCAGGCUUUACAAAACAAGUUAAGCUACUGGAUUCACGUUGGAGGAAAUGUUUACUGUAAUAUCACCGACAACAGCGUAUGUGUAGACAUUAGACAGUACUGGAAGCCAGAACAGGAAUUAGUACCAACUAAAAAGGGUAUAUGUUUAAGACCGAAAGAGUAUUCCUGUUUAAAGGAACUGGUUCCACAGAUAGGAAAAGUGUUACCUGAACUGGAUGCAGUGGUGCCCUGCUAUCUACAAAGUGAUCACAUGAACCAGAUUGGAGCUCUACAAUGCCCGGAGUGCAACCCCAAUGAUUGUGAUAAAAUCGCCUGACUAUAAAUAGCAAUGACAAAAGGUCU